UUUUCGAGGGAAGAAAAGAAAGCGGAGAGUGAGAGGAAGGGAGAGAGAGAGAGAGAGCGUUUGACGAUUGUAUGUGGUAUGAGAAGAAAACAAGAAAAUCCCUAAAAAGUUACUCUGAACUUUCCAAUUCCUUUCGUCGUAGGGACGAUGGCGGUGGAUUAUCCUGCAAAAUUAUGCUUCUGAGUCUUCCAUAAUUCCCCUUCUUAUCUUAAUUUUUGGUUUUCUGCCGAUAAACGUAAUAGGUUUCUGUUUCAUCAGACAGACGGAGAACGGUGCUAAGGAUGUCUUUAUCCUCUUCUUCUUCAGCGACUGUGGCAGUGGACAAGGCCACCAGCGACCUUCUAAUAAGUCCUGAUUGGACUAUGAACAUCGACAUAUGCGAUUCCAUCAAUUCCAAUCAUUGGCAGGCGAAAGAUGUCAUGAAAGCUGUGAAAAGAAGGUUGCAACAUAGAAAUCCUAAAGUUCAGCUGCUGUCUCUAACGCUUAUCGAGACAAUGGUGAAGAAUUGUGGUGAUUAUGUCCAUUUUCAGAUAGCCGAGAGAAAUAUUCUAGGAGAGAUGAUCAAAAUUGUGAAGAAGAAGGCAGACAUGAAUGUGAGGGACAAAGUUUUAGUGCUAUUAGAUUCUUGGCAGGAGGCAUUUGGUGGACCUGGAGGGAAGCAUCCUCAAUAUUACUGGGCGUAUGAUGAAUUAAGGCGUUCUGGAAUCGAAUUUCCCAAGCGGUCAUUAAAUGCUGCUCCAAUUUUUACACCACCUGUUUCAAAUCCAACCCUAAGAAUUACACAAGCUGGUUAUGGAAUGCCUAGCAAUUCGUCGAGGAGGCUUGAUGAGACAAUGGCAACAGAGAUUGAAGGCCUAAGUUUGUCAAGCUUGGAUUCCAUGCGUAAUGUUAUGGAGCUCUUGAAUGACAUGCUGCAAGCUAUGACUCCUGGAGACUCCCUUGCUGUUAGAGAUGAAGUGAUCGUAGAUCUUGUCAGCCGUUGUCGUGCUAAUCAAAAGAAGUUGAUGCAGAUGUUAACUACUACGGGGGAUGAGGAAAUUCUUGGUCGAGGUCUGGAGCUAAAUGACGGCUUGCAAACUUUACUCGCUAACCAUGAUGCAAUUGCUUCUGGUUCUGUGUUGCCAACUCAAUCAACAAAUCUGAGUUGUCAGAUGCCCGAGUCAUCUGCUGCCACACAGAAAGCCAGCGAAGUUGGAGGUUCAAGCUUAAGAGAUUCUAGUCCUUCAUCAAAUGUGAAUAAUACAUCUUCGACUGCUUCCGUAGCAAGGAGCCAGAUAGUGGAGGAUGACGAAGAGGAGGAUGAGUUUGCACAACUAGCUCGAAGGCACUCUAAAUCACAGGCUAUGCCUAGUCAAAGCUCUUCUACUGAAACUGUUGAUAACUUGGCAUUGGUGAGCACAGGCAAUACAGUUACUUCAUCUAUGCCACCGUCCUCUAAUACUUGCACAGCAUUAGCUCUGCCAGAUCCUCCUGCACCAGUCAAGACUUCAAAAGAGCAAGAUAUGAUUGACCUCUUGAGUAUCACUUUAUCAACAUCAUCAACCUCUCCCCAUACUCCUCUCACUCCACCUGCAUCAAGCCAAAAUACACAUCAGGUUCCUGUGUCAUCGUCAAAUACACAGGGAUAUCAUCAUCACCAUUCUGCCAGCCAAGGUCAGGUAGCAUAUAACAGUUACGUUGUACCAUGGGCUCAACCUGGACCCCAAGUUCAGUUGCCAUCACAAACCAAACCACAAGCACCAUCGCAGCAACAAUUUCAAAGUCAGCCUCAGCCACAUCCCCAACAGCAAUAUCAGCCUCAGCCACAUCCCCAACAACAAUAUCGGCCUCAGCCUCAGCCACAACAACAAUUCGAACCUCAGCCACAACAACAAUAUCAACCACAGCAACGAUUUCAAUCUCAGCCCCAGUCACAUCUGCAGCAGCAAUAUCAUCCACAGUAUGCUCAAUAUUCUUCAGGCUAUUACCCUCCCCCACCUUGGGCAGGUUCUUCUCUUAAUGCCAACCACCAAAGCAAUGCCUCUGUUUCGAAUAUGGGUUAUCUUCGUGGGAAGGAACCUGUACUGUCUACCUCGUCAUUGCCUGCUAGACCUUUGCAGCAUCUUAAUUCAUUUCCCUUGAGAGGAAAUGAUGAGUUAGCUACACGUGGAGGAGGAGACUCGUGGGCAGCAGGUGCCCCUAGGAACUCAACGCCUUCAACAACACAAAAGCCAUUCAUUCCAUCGUACAGACUGUUUGAGGAUCUAAAUGUUUUUGGCAGUACAGAUCCAAGAUUGAAGGUGACUAGCAGUAACGCAACCUCUAGCUUAGCCGGAAGUUCUGGUCAAAGUAUGGUGGGUGGGAGAAAGUGAAAAUAGCCUCCUCAUUAUGUAGCUGAAGAAAUUUCCCGUGUCAAUAUAAAAGUAUCUUUUUCAUCUUUGUGACGUAUUUAAAACAGAUUGGCAGAACAUAGUUUUCAUGUGAUCAUUGAUUAUGGAAUUGAAGAAAAAAUGUGAGUUGUAAAUUUUUGUUCUAUUCGUAAACGGUCUACUUUGGUCGUGCUUUUCGGGCAGUGCAUGGAAGAUGUAAAAACCCAACAGGACAACAAUCUUUUUGGUGAUCCUGACAUUCGACCAUGGAGGUAAGCUCUCUAGGUUUUCACUUUCUUCUACUUUGCUCUGUAUGAUAUAUAGUCAGUCUCAAGAUCAGAAAAGUUAAUGUCGAAUUGAUUAUAUUUCAUGGUUGUAUAAUAAUUACAUUUUUACUA